AGAGUAAACUUUGGAUCGACGCUCUCUUAUCUGUUGCGCCAUUUUCUUAGCGUGGAAAUCAGACGUCCAUCAUGAGUCUUAGCAAAGAUGAAAAGAAAAAGGAGCCGAGCGCUGUGGAGAGGAUGAUGGGAGCAUAUUUAAAGUCACUACAAGAACGACCAGUUAUUACUAAAGCUUGCACAAGUGGCACUAUUACUGCCCUGGGGAACUUCCUGUCACAAUUAAUUGUACCAAACCAAGGCAAUGGAGGCAAAGUUGUAUGGCGCAGUGUCUUUGCAUAUGGGGCGUUUGGAUUUUUUAUCAGUGGACCCCUUAUUCACAAGUUCUACGAGAUGCUUGACAAAAUAAUGCCAAAAAAGAAAGAUGCGGCUAUGUUAGAUGGUAUCAAGAGAGUGAUAAUGGAUCGUCUGAUAUGUGCUCCACCUUUCCUUCUGCUCUUCCUCUACAUUGUACCCAUCCUAGAGGGGCAUGGACAUGCAGAAGCAGUUAAGAAGAUUAAAGAAACAUUCCUGACUGUAUUGAUAAUGAACUGGAGGGUGUGGACCAUAUUCCAAUUCGUCAACAUUAAUUAUAUACCUCAGAAAUAUCGAGUGUUGUUUGGCAAUGCCGUUGCUCUAGUAUGGACCAUCUUCCUUGCCACCAAAAGAAGACAGAUGGCACAAUCAUAGCAGAAACUAUGACAACCAUUUCGUCAAGUAACCUGAAUUUGGGGCAAGUAAAUCAGAGUUGGGUUAGCUGGAGACCAAAACAACUGUUGUCCUUUAUCUAAUGGUUAUACCAGUUCAAAAUUCUUUACAUACCGGCAGUUUUAUAGUUUGGGAUAACGAAGUAUAAAAUGCGUUCAAACUAUCACAUAUUUGGCCUGACUGUUUAUUCUACUACAGUGGAAUCUGUCUAAACCUGACACCUUUGGGACUGAAUAAUUCGGCCGGUUUGUAGAGAGUUCCAGAUUGUAGAGAGUCCAUUGUUAUUGUAUUGUUGGAAUUGGGACUUAAUUAUAUGACUGGAUUAGGCAGAGUCCAGUUUAGACAGAGUCCACUGUAUUUCCAAAGAGUAUAGCAUUUACAUGAAGUGAAUAUUUCUUAUUUACGGACAACUGAGAAAAUUAAAAAGUGGUAAUUGUUGCUUUCAUUCAAAUAAGAUAUGUAGAGUGUGAUAAAACAAUGUUUACACAAAAAUUUCAACAGAAUGAAGAUUUUUGCAAUCAUGGUUUUUCCUUUUGGUUUUUACAGUCCAGUUAACCUGACAGUGACUUUACAAGUUCAUGAUAUAAAGUGUUAAGGAUAACAAUUACUAUGCAGUAAAGAGACAAGGUUUGUAACUGAUUAUAAAUGAUUGUGUGAUCGUUGUUAUGAAAUUCGAUGGAGAAUGUGGUAAUUAUAAUAUAUUGAUUAAAGGCUGUAACUGUUUAUAGGAACAAUGAUUUUUUAGCUUAUCCUCAGUUUUUUUUGUAUUUUGUUGUUAUUUCUAGCACUCUUGGACAAAUAUGUAAUUGCAGUAUAAAGUAAGAUAUAUAUAUCAAAAUAAGACAGUGCCUUGAGUUUGCUGUUGGGCCGGAAAAUGUUAGCAAAAUACAAGAUUGACUGUUUUAUCUUCAUCAUUCCAUUAUUUAAUUGAUGCAUAAAGUAUUUACCAUUUAUGUGUAGCAUACACAGAAUGUUUGUUACUGACCAAAUAAAAAAAAUCACAUCAACAUACUUAAAAAAGGAUUUUUUUUUCAUUGGUAUUAUAAAAAAUGUAAUUUUAUUACAGAAAGGAGAAUAAAACCUGAAAC